AGUGAGCUGGGGGAUCCACAUGGGGCUUCACACACACUGUGGGGGUUCUGCAUACAGAUACCCGUGCUGGAAGGCUACGUAGUUUGACGCCAGUUUGCUGGGGCACUGUCUUACUCUGAUAAAGAGCCUGGUCACCUGGAAGUCGUAAUGCUGCGCGCCUGGCGGAAACUCGCUCUGUUGGUCAUUGCGCCUGUGCUUCUUGACUUGCUGCCCCUUGGCCGUGGAUUCGCCAGCUUGAGCCGCUACAGCACAGCUCACGUGCAUCGCUGUCGCUUGGUGCGGCUUGCCACUUCCGCGGCCUCUGGAUUUGGAAACUAUGCAGAUUCGCUGAGCACUUGGGCGCCAGAAAAGCGUCUCCAAUACAUAUCAACACUGACGGAAGGCAAGUUUGAUAGCUUGGGAGACGAUCUCACCAAAGAAAAAGCAGGCAUUCCACAGUGCCUGCUUCAUGCGAUUGGCUUGGCUGCAGAGCCUGUUGGUGUCGGCAUUGCGGGGGUGGACAAGGGUGGUUCCACACGCACCAAAACAGCCAUACAGUAUUCCUCAGAUCUUGACCUGAACGUCCGGACGACUCGAAACAUGACUCGACGAGAUAGGGUGGAGUUUAAGGACGCCCUGGUGGCCCUGCUACCGAGCUACACUGAUGGAUGGACAUUUGUGCAUAUGGGCAAGAAGUGCAUCAAGCUGCAGAAACCUUUGCCAGGCGGGAGAAAGCGGGAGGUGGACAUUGCCUUUAUGAACACCACCUUCGACUGGUCCGGCGUAGACCGCGCUGAGAACGUCGCCUUCUUCCGCAACAAGCCGGCCCCGCAGAGGGCUGUCAAGAUGUUCAAGUUUUGCUUUUUGGACGUGUCAGGACUUUGUGGCUUUCACAUCGAGAGGUUGGCUGUUGCGGUAUGCCAGGCAAAGAAAAGCGAGCUAACCGCCAAGCAACUGCAUGACAGCAUGCUGCAGGAGCUUUGUGGCAAUGGGCCACAGUUGCAGAUAGUGGUACUAGAGGCAACCCGGGAAGGGCUUGGUGUGGAGGACGAGGACUAUCUCAGAGAGCAGGUGAACAGGCAGAUUUCAAAGAUGCGGAAUGUUUGCAAGAAUGCUGGUUUUUGAGCAAGAGCUGGCCACAUGAGGUUGGUUCUUUUUCCGUGUCAUCAAACGUCUCACACUGGCAAGCUCGGAGCUCGAUGGCGUUGUGGUCGACGUGCUUGCGGUAGCCGGCGACUGCUCUUGCAUGACAGGUGCUUUGAAUCCUAC